AUGUCCACCAACAAUCAAGAACCUCCUGCCCUAAGGACACGCCGACGGGCUGCCCUACUCACUCCAUCCCAGGAGGAAGAAGAUAUUUCCGGUCCAAUUGAUGGCCCCGGUGGUGCUUCUACUGGUGAUGCUCCUCAGUCUUCUGGGCUAGGCGAGACCGAGCAGACAUCUGUCUUACCUGCCGACAUUCCUCUCCCUCCUCCAUCCCCCAUGCCGGAACUACCUGAUAAUGAAGAGGGCAACCCCAACCCCAACCCCAACCCCAACCCUAUCAACACCCAAGCCCCUGCCCAAAACGACAACGAUGACGAGUCUUCAGGCUCUGACCUUCCGUCUAAUAAUGGGCAGCCGAACAACGCUGCGGGUAACAGGGGACCUACUUCGACAACUCCUGCCCCUUCUCUCCUCCCUCCGGCGGCAACUACUGCGGAGCUGAUUCAGCUUCGUACCCUCGAAGUUCUCGAGCGUCUCGCUGCUACUACUGCUCGUGCCUCCACCACUCCCCCUGCCCCUACGACCUAUUCUCCAAGCCCCUCACGAGCUCUCGAGCCAGAAACCAUCACUCGAGACCGAGUCAAAGUAGCCAAUGCGCCCGAACCUUUCAGCGGUAAUCGCUCAAAGCUCGAGUACUUCAUCGCGAAUAACCGCAUCUACUUCGACACAUAUCCGAGUUCUUUUGUCUCGGACAAAGAGAAGAUCACCUAUAUGCUCACGAAUAUCCGUGGUCCUGUGUGGGCAUCCUUACAGCCUUACGUCAACCAGGAACCACGGCCGUUCAUCCUUCAAGAUCUAUCGGCAUUCAUCUCCCAUCUUCGCCGACACUGGGGCACGUCCGACGAGAAGGGAAAUGCCAAACGUAGCCUGCGAAUGUUACGUCAGACCGGCACAGCAGACUCCUUCUUUGUCGAGUUCCAACACCUCACUUCUAUUCUUGGUUGGGAUAUCGACAGCGAGGCACUCAUCGACCAGGCUAUCGAAAAGAUGUCUGAAGAACUUCAGGAUGAGCUUGCUCGAGCCCAUUUCGAGCCUACCACGUUCAGUGAGCUUAUGGACUGGGCUACUACCCUCGACAACCGCCUCCGAGCGAGAGCUGCAGACAAAAGCAGUUCUGUUC